UUCCCUUUGAAAAAAAACCCUUUCAAGUUCCUUGGAAUCUCGCUGAAUCCAACCUAUUUACCAAUAUCACACGAAUAUCAUUGUAACUGUUACAACUAAGGUAGCCAAUACUGAUUCCACGUGAAGUGUUUUCCAUGUUGUUAGGAAGCAGAGUCGUUCGUGGUCCAGAUUGGAAGUGGGGUGAUCAGGAUGGUGGCGAGGGACAUGUCGGGACAAUUAUAGGCAUUUUAAGUGAAUAUGAGGAAGGAAUACCAUUGGAUAAGGCAACAGUAGAAGUAUGCUGGGAUACUGGGAAUGUAGCUGCGUAUAGUGUAAGCAUCGAGCAGCGAAAUCAUGAUUUGAGGCUCCUUGACUCGUCGCCAAGCGGUGUGAAGUUUACAAACUUUGAAUGUGAUGGCUGUGGAGCAAAACCAAUCUUGGGCCUCUGCUGGGAUUGCAAUGACUGUUCCAACUAUUGCUUGUGUUCAACAUGCUACAUGGAAGAUCAUCAUUAUCUUGGUCAUAACUUUAUAUGCAAACUCCAUGAGAAGCACGAGGGACACCUUGUUGGCAAACGUUCUCAGUGCAACAAGUAUCAAGCAAGAGGUAUUUACCCUGGUUCCCAUGUUACACCGCGUGAUCCUGACUCACCAUUGGGUAUUGGUAUUGUCAUUGAUAUAAGCGAGAUUGAGGGGGAAACACUUGGUAAAUGUGGAGUGCUCUGGGACGAAACAGCUGAAGAUGUUUAUAUUCACAAUUUAGGACUGGAUGGGCACGUAGAGCUCAUGCUCGUGGAGAGCGCCAAUGGUCCAAUGUAUUACAGAGAUCAUCUUCCUCUCGUGAAAAUGGAGGAKGGUCAAUURUAUGUAGGAGAUUACGUYUGCAUCCACCGUUUAGAGAGCGUCAAUGUAUGUUCGUCAGAUGACUCGCAAAAGCUCGUUGGUGAAAUUGGGAUAGUCAAUAAGAUUGACGCUUCAGAUGGAUCAGUUUCAGUUAAAUACGAGGGUCUGGGAGGAGAGGUGUGGCGAUAUCCAGCUCCAAGUACUCUUUCAAAGACUCCUAAACUUUCAAAAGAUGAUGUCGUUAGGCUGACUGAUAAUAUACAGGCUUUGCAAAAACUGCAGACAGAGMAACACAAGGGAUUUCACCCGGACAUGAAGGAGGACCUGAAUGCAGUAGGGAUUGUUUUGGAGAUGGAAAAUGGUACAGCGAAAGUGUCAUUUACGUGGCGAGUGUUUACGUCAUUUACGUGGUGGAUUAAUCCAGCUGCUCUAGAGAAAGUGGAUAAAACAGCAGUAGUUGGACAAGUUUUCAAAGAAUUGAAAGUAUCAGUAGAUUCUGGUGCUGAGAAGGUGGGAGAUUUUCUAUGGAAAACCUUUACUUUGGCUAAGAGUGAAUGGGAAGAUCUUUUAAAGUCAGCUCACCGGGAAACGGUUAAUAUGGUGACAGACCGAGUUCUUGAUACUUUGGAAGAAGGACGUGUAAGACGCACAAGCGAAGUCAGUGAACAGCAAUAUUCCAGUGGUCCGAAAGACGAUCCAGAUUCGAGCGAUGUUUACAGGAUGAAAAGURACCCCAGAGGAUUGMUGGUCAUCAUUAACAUCCAGAAAUUUGUAGUCGAYCCUACACAUGAAGAUAAAGAACAUCUUGAAAGAGAAUUWACCGAGCGAAACGGAUCUGAAAAAGAUGUUAAUGAUCUAGCUGACCUUUUCAGCAGAUAUUUGAAUUUCAAAGUUUGUACCAUCAUAGACAAACCAAGAAAUGAACUUUUGGGAGAUCUGCGAAAAACUGCUGAAAACUCUGCGUAUAAAGAUUACGACUGUCUUGCAGUCUGCAUCAUGAGUCAUGGAAAAGACGACAAAUUCUACGCAUACGAUGGAAAACCAAUCAAAGUCUCAGCUGUUUGUAACAUGUUCUCCAACUCGAUGUGUGAGGGUUUUCGCUUCAAGCCAAAGCUGUUUUUCGUACAAGCAUGCCGUGGCAAAAGGGGAGGUGGGUUCUUGGACGUAGCCGAUGGGCCAACGGUCAAUGAACAAGGAUCAUCAGCACAGCUUCCACCAUCAGAGAGCAAAGAUCUUGAUAUGGUAGACAUGCUCAUCGCUUACUCUAGUUUUGAAGGUUACUCUUCAUAUCGACAUAUGGAAGGAGGAAGCUACUUCAUCCAAAGCUUGGUUUCUGUUUUCAGAAAAUAUGCAGACAAGGAGGAUAUUAUGCACAUGAUGACAAGAGUAAAUGAUGAAGUAUACAGGCGCGCGCAUGAGUCAUCUUGCGGGAGAACACAAGUACCAACUCCUAUACCAACACUCCGCAAAUUACUGUAUUUCUGGCCUGGGAUCAAUUUUGGCGAAGGACCUUAAAACACAGUGUGCAGUGUGUGCACACAUUAUAGAAACGUUGUGCAACAGGAAUCAUCACUCGAAAGAACCAAUUGACGUCAGUGAGUUCGGUUCGGUGUCAACAAAGUUUUUUAUUUCAUUGCCAACCACGUUAAACAUAAGAAAAAAAAAUCAAAAACACAAACAAAAACAAAAUCAAAACACAACAUUACUCCUAAAACGGAAUAGAUUAAAAAAUCGCGUGUUUGAUUCACAGUAUCUGGUUUAUCAUAUAAGCUAAGAUAGAUGCUAUAAGAGAUUAAAUGUACAACCAUGCACUUUUUUUAAAUAUCGGGUGUUUUGCCAAGCGUUUCUUCGGCAAUAGGCUAACAGCAUGUUAAAAUGUAAACAUUUGUGUGCUAUAACUACACAAAAAAGAAAUAGUUGUAAAUUAA